AUGCUCCGGGCACAGCCGACAAUCGCACGAUGCAUCAUCUCCUCCACACAUCUCCCUGUGGCGAGACCGUUCACAACAAGCGCGCUCCUCCAAGAGAAAGCACUGCCUCCGCGAAGGCAAAUCGCCGAAGAUGAGAUCACCGAGUCCUUCCUCAAGGGCAGCGGGCCAGGAGGGCAGAAGAUCAACAAGACCUCGUCGGCCGUGCAGCUUAAGCACCUUCCCACUGGCAUUGUAGUCAAGAGCCAAGCGACGCGCAGUCGUGAUCAGAACCGGAAGUACGCUCGCCAGAUUCUUGGGGAGAAGUUGCAGGAGCUGGAGAAGGGGAGUGACAGUCGGGCGGCGAUCAAGGCAGAGCGGGCGCGCGCGAAGAAAGCGAGUGCGAGUAAGAAGAAGAAGCGGAAGUACAAGCAGCUCGCAGACGAGAAGGGCGCGGGGGAGGAGGAGGAGGUGGAGGAGCACGAUGGCGGCGUGAAGGAUGAUGAAACGACUUUUCAGCCAGCAGUGGAUGGGAAUGAGCGAUCGCAUUCACAAGCACCACCUUGA